CUAAAGUUAAUCAUUUAUUUCUUUCCAGCUUUUAGUUUUAUUCUUUCCAGUUUUUAUUAACUCUUAGUAUAUUUAAGCUGUAAGGAAUAUUACUACGUUACACUUCUCAAACACAAUUGGAACAAUGGACUAUAUGCAAGAAUCAAAUCUUUACUGUCCAAAAGUAUUUUCGGAUAUUCUGCUUGAUUCGACCAUGUCAGAAACUCUGCAAUCUACUUACAAUCAAACCCCUAAGACGUCUUCAAAAUUUUGGCAACCAACUACUAACAACAAUUCUUUGGGGCAAAUGUCAAAACCAUUUAUGCUUCCAUUUGAAUCAAACCAACCUAACACAAAUUCAACCGGAUCCAAUACCACAUUAACCAGGAGCCAAAGUAUGAGUAAUCAACAACAUAGUGGGAUAAUUUUAUCUCCUCAAACAACACAAUUGAGCCAACCACUUUCCACUCCUAACAGUAAGUACUCUAUGAAUCUCAAUGCACCAAGCUAUGUCCCAUUAGGUAGUAGUAGAUCUUACAGUUUCAGUGGAAGUGCCGGACUUAGAGAAGGACUGGAAUACCUCAAUCUGAGCGAUAAUUAUACUUAUCAAACUAGUAAUUAUGAUUUCCUCGAUAAGAAUAGUUUAAGUUCAACUAGAAACCUGAAAAAUUUUAAUGAUGAUUUGGACCUCAUGAGAUCUCAAGUUCAAUCAUUACAAAUUGAACUCAAUCUUCAAACUCAAGUUGCUUCGAGUUUAACUGAACAAUUGAAUUCCGUUAAUGCCUUGGAACAAUCCAAUAAUACCGAAUCAACGUAUGGACUGACAAACAUCCCAUCCAAUUACUUGUUUUUGUUUGAAGAUCUUAAAAAGAGAUAUGAUGAACAAACAAAGGAAUUAGAAGCUACUAAGGAGAGGUUGGAAGCGAUCAUUACCGCAUCAACCAUGAAUCCUUCAAAAUCUAGAACUUUUAAUGGAGAAUACAACGAAGAAGAAAUUGCCCAUAAAAUUGUUACUAUGUUGGCAGUUCUUCGUUCGGAAAAUGAUAAUCUACUUAAGAUGGUAACCAUGGGAAAUAAAUCCACAUUCCUUAUUGAAAUCGGAUUAUUAAGAGACGAAAAUGAGCAAUUAAAAGCUCAAAUUAAUUCACUGAAACAAAAGUGAAGUUUCUUAUAUGAACUUGCUAAUAAUAAUUUUUGGAAUUUACAAAUGGAGUUUAUUAUCCAAAUUGCUGCCAACAUAAUAUCUGUUAUAAUUGAAAAGGAAAAGAAAAAAGAUGAUAAAAAAAAGGUGA